AUGCUCUCACUGCCAAACGUCACGCCGCAGGUUCUCGCCAGCUUCCAGGACCAGCUGAUGUCGAUCGGCUCGGAAAAGGAGCAGCGCAAUGUCGUGAAGCGCCUGCUGGCCGAGUCGGGCGGCGAGGCGGCGCGCGCGGUGCUGAGCGCUGUGUCCAAGGUGCCUGUCCCGGUGGCGAACAUGCAGGAGCCGGGGCGCAUGAGCGGCGGCGGCACGGGGCGGCCAGAGGAUGAAAUUCG